AUGUCAUUCAACGUUUUAAUAUUUUGCAGUGCCCUGGAGGCUGCCCUGGCCGAAUGCACCGAAGCCCUGGACUGCUUCCUGCAUAACCAGUUCAGUGAGAGCUUAGAGAUGCUGCAGCCCAGGACUGGAGAAAGCAUGUACCACGCCUUGAUCUACGCCACUAUUCUUGAGAUGCAAGCCAUGAUGACCUUUGAGCAAGAGGACAUUGCCCACGCAGGCCACACCAUGAAAGCGGCCCAGGAAAUCUGCCAGAGGUUCCGCAGGAAAAAUAUUACGUCUGGCACCUUCUCCGGUCGGAUGGGCGGAGAUACCUGCACAGAGGAAGAGUUGCACGCAGAAGUGUGCUACGCUGAAUGCUUGUUGCACCGGGCGGCUCUCACCUUCCUCCAGGAUGAAAAUAUGGUGAAUUUCAUAAAAGGGGGGAUCAAAGUACGUAGCAGCUACCUCAUCUACAGGGAACUCAACAGUUUCGUUCAAACUCAUCAACUGCUAGCCAGCUCAGUCCGUCCCCAUUUGGAGGGGGGCAUUGCACUGGGCAUUGGUGCCUUCAACUUGCAUUUGCGUACCCUCGGCGGCUGCCGAAAAUCGAAGCGGCUGACGAUUUUCGAGUGCGGAAAUCGGCGCCUGGCAAUCGUCGAUUACUGA